AUGGGAACCAGCCUAGAGGGCUACCUGGCGUCGCUCCCCUGCCUUCGCGUGAGAACUGCUCCUUCCUGGACCGCAGCCCUGGAGGCUUUAUUUUCCCAGGCCCCCAAGGGCCGGAUCAGCGCCCUGCCUACGACCUCCGGCGGCAGCCCCUUCCAGCUCUGGGCCCAAGGACUCUUCUGCACGGAGCGCAACCUGGCCAGGCGCCUCAAGAACAACAGUUUCUACCCCUUCACGCAGCAGCAGCCCAACGUCUUCGUGCUCGAGUACUACCUGGACACGCUGUGGAAGGGGGCGCUGCUCUUCCUCGUCUGCCUCGUGCUGGUCAGCGGCGGCCUCGUGAGUGAGGUGCAGAAGCAGCGGACGUGGGGCUUCCCCGCCUACGGCGCGGGCGUGGGCCUGUGGCUCCUGGUCUCGUCGCUGCCGCGGCGCCGCGUGGUGCUGGACCACGUGCGCGGCGUCUACCACUUCUCCAUCCAGGGCCGCACCGUGUGUCAGGGCCCCAUGCACCUGGUCUACGUGCGCCUGGCGCUCAGCUCCGACGCCCACGGAAGGUGCUUCUUCCAGCUGGUUCUCUGCGGCCACAAGCUGGAGCCGCUGGUGCUGGUGCAGCUGUCAGAGCGCUACGAGCAAAUGGAAUACCUGGGCCGUCAUAUUGCCCGGAAACUCAACAUUAACUACUUCGACUGCCUGGCCACGUCCUACCGGCACGUGGUCCGCCACUGGCCUCUGGGGGCCGCCUUCAGCCCCAGCAUCGUGCUGCGCAAGGCCGGGGUCCAUGACAAGUGGAACUCUCAGGCGGACCAGGACGUGUGA